CGGCGGCGGUGGCGGCGGCAGCGGCAGCUGGUGGGUCCUGCGGUGACUCCGGGGCGGGGCUGUGGGCAGGGUGCGGACCGAAAGACCGACGCCGCGGGAAUGGGGGGUGUGGUUGCCCCGCCAGCGUCCUUCGAGUGGGAGAGCGGCUCCGCGACCACCGGUGGCCGGACCCCCUCUGCCAUCUGCUAGAGAUGCUCUUCCUCUCGUUUCAUGCAGGCUCCUGGGAAAGCUGGUGCUGCUGCUGCUGCCUGAUUCCUGCCGACAGAUCUUGGGACCGGGGCCCGCGCUGGCGGCUGGAGAUGGCGGACACUAGAUCAGUCCAUGAAACCAGGUUUGAGGCGGCCGUGAAGGUGAUCCAGAGUUUGCCGAAAAAUGGCUCAUUCCAGCCAACAAACGAAAUGAUGCUCAAGUUCUAUAGCUUCUAUAAACAGGCAACUGAAGGACCCUGUAAGCUCUCAAGACCUGGAUUCUGGGAUCCUAUUGGAAGAUAUAAAUGGGAUGCGUGGAGUUCUUUGGGUGAUAUGACCAAGGAAGAAGCCAUGAUUGCAUAUGUUGAAGAAAUGAAAAAGAUUCUUGAAACUAUGCCAAUGACUGAAAAAGUCGAAGAAUUGCUACAUGUCAUAGGUCCAUUUUAUGAAAUUGUAGAAGAUAAAAAGAGUGGCAGGAGUUCUGAUUUAACCUCAGUCCGACUGGAGAAAAUCUCUAAAUAUUUAGAAGAUCUUGGUAAUGUUCUAACUUCUACUCCAAAUGCUAAAACUGUUAAUGGUAAAGCUGAAAGCAGUGAUAGUGGAGCUGAGUCUGAGGACGAAGAAGCCCAAGAGGAAGUAAAAGGAGCAGAACAAAUUGAUAAUGAUGAGCAGAUGAUGAAGAAAUCAGACUAUGAGAAUUUGGAGAUUAUUGUCACGAAUGGCUAUGAUAAAGACAGCUUUGUUCAGGAGAUACAAAAUGACAUUCAUGCCAGUUCUUCCCCAAAUGACCAAAGUGCUGACAGCAUAAAACCUGUAGAUCAAAACUUGGAGCAAACUGGAAAAAUUGCUACCUGCAUUCACCAAGAUGUAAAUGAUGAUCAUGCUGAAGAUAUUUCAGGAAUUCAGCAUUUGACAAGUGAUUCAGACAGUGAAGUUUACUGUGAUUCUAUGGAGCAAUUUGGACAAGAAGAGUCUUUAGACAGUUUUACAUCAAACAAUGGACCAUUUCAAUAUUACUUGGGUGGUGAUCGCAAUCAGCCGUUGGAAAAUUCUGGUUUUCCUGAAGAUGUUCAAGGAUCUCCUGGAAGUGGCAACAUUGGGAAUAUGCAGGUGGUAACAGUUGAAGGAAAAGGUGAAGUAAAGCAUGGAGGAGAGGAUGGCAGAAAUAACAGUGGAGCACCACAUCGUGAGAAGCGAGGUGGAGAAAAUGAGGAAUUCUCUAAUGUCAGAAGAGGGAGAGGGCAUAGGAUGCCACAUUGGAGCGAAGGAACCAAGGGUGGGCAAGUGGGAAGUGGAGGUGAUGGAGAACGUUGGGGCUCAGACAGGGGAUCAAGAGGCAGCCUCAAUGAGCAGAUUGCUCUAGUGCUCAUGAGAUUGCAAGAGGACAUGCAGAAUGUCCUUCAGAGACUCCAUAAACUGGAAACACUAACCGCUUCGCAGGCAAAAUCAUCAACCUUGCAGACUAGUAAUCAACCUUCUUCACAGAGACCAUCUUGGUGGCCCUUUGAGAUGUCUCCUGGUGCAUUAACUUUUGCUAUUAUAUGGCCUUUUAUUGCCCAGUGGUUGGUGCAUUUAUAUUAUCAAAGAAGGAGAAGAAAACUGAACUGAAGAAAAUGAUAUUUUACUUAAGAAGACUGCUGGGCCUGGAUGACCUCAGAAUGAAAUGGAUUGUGGAGUUCACAAGAUGAUGAUUACAUUUCUUUUCAUUGUCCAGUAAUUUGGUUUGUGUACAUAUAUACAUACUUAUUUUUUGCACUACACAAAUAACAUUUUAAGGACUAAUAGUGCUGAUACUUGAAUAAUCAAUCUGAACUAGGUUAUAAGUAACAUAUAUAGAUUUACCCUAUUCUUGAACUUGAAGGACAUUAAAUUAUUAAUUAUUGUUUGGUAACAUUUACCUGAUUAUCUCCCAUAGAGAAAUAUAAGCUGCUUUCCAAGGGACAAGUGUGAUAAUGAGAUCAGAUUUAUAAAAGUGGGUAUUUUUAAUUUUCUAACUUAAAUAUGAGAGAGAAUGCAAACCAAGAGUGAAUUUCAAAUGAGGUUAAAUGGAUUUUAUAUUAAUCACUGAAUUGCCAUGUCAAGUAGUAGAAACUGCUGGAAGAAUCUUCUCCACAUCCACUUUGUGGGCUGCAUAUAAUCUUUCUUGGGUAUUCACAUCUCAGAGUUGCUAUUCAGGCAUCAUUAUUAAAAAUUAUAUCCCUUUGUACUAGACUUAGUUUUUACAAAUGAGUCACAGAUAGACAUAACACGAUGAUGGAAAUUAUGAAAAAUGGGAUUAAUGUAAUAGAUUUAAAAGUAUAUUCUGAGCCUACAGAUAAUAAGAUUUUAAUUCAAUCAUAUACAUAUAUUCCUUUGUAAUUAUUUUUCUUUGAGGAUAUCUAGUGUAUGCUUCAUAGGGUGCUUUGAAAUAUAAAAUGAAAACUUAUUUAUACUGUUUUUACAAAGGUAAAAAAAAGGAAAUAUUAAUAUCACUUUUCUGCAACUUGUGAACUAUACAGACUGGACUCUUAACCUCUUAGUGCCUCAGUUUUUCCUUGGGGGUAUAAUAUUUGGAUAUACUACUUCAUAGGGAUAUUGGAAGGUUUUGCAAGCUAACGGGCCAUAUGCUUUCAUAUGAAUAAGGCAUGCUCAACUAAUGGAAAUUUAAGUCCCUCUAUCCCACCUCUCACCUUUAGGCUAAAAGGAAGACUGUAAUUUAGAUCCAUGACGAUUAUGUUUGGAAAAUCAUUCUUCCUGUAUACCUUACAAAACUCUACGCUUACUUAGAUGUACUUUGUGCUUUAAGGAGUUCUACGAUUCAGAGGCUUUGUAGCAGAUAAUUUUGAAGAAUUCUCUGUUGUAAGAUGUUGGGUUUAGCAUCAUGUGUUCAGAGUGUUUUAAAUAAGAGGGAAAGAAUUAAUCCAACUUUACUAGACAGGGUGCCUGAAGAAAAAGUAUGAGAAUACAGUUUGCUUUCCCCAAACUCACUUUCUCUUAUUUCUUCUUUCAUAUAACUUGAUGUCUUCUUAGUUUUUAAUCCAUCUUGAUUAAAAUGUGUCUGUCUAAAAGGAUCUACCUUUGCUUAAAAAAAAAAAAGCCUAUCCUCAACUUAUUUAGAAAAAAAUGAAGAAAGUAACUGAAUUAUAUGUAGAAAUAAAGUUUAGACCUG